GCACAGCCGUCGCCAUGGAUGCCGCCACCGCCGGCAACAAGGAGCGGGAGGCCGCGCAUCUCCUGGCCGAGGCCGAGAAGCGGGUCAAAUCCUCUCAUUCCUUCCUCAGAGGGCUCUUCGGAGGAAACACGAGGGUAGAAGAAGCAUGUGAAAUGUAUACUAGAGCUGCAAAUAUGUUCAAGAUUGCCAAAAACUGGAGUGCUGCAGGAAAUGCAUUUUGUCAGGCAGCCAAGCUUCACAUGCAACUACAGAGUAAACAUGAUUCAGCGACCUGUUUUGUGGAUGCAGGGAAUGCAUUCAAAAAGGCUGAUCCACAAGAGGCUAUCAACUGCUUAAAUGCUGCCAUCGAUAUUUACACAGACAUGGGCCGAUUUACCAUUGCCGCCAAGCAUCACAUUACCAUUGCCGAGAUUUAUGAGUCUGAGCUAGUAGACAUUGAGAAGGCUAUUGCCCAUUAUGAACAAUCUGCAGAUUAUUACAAAGGGGAAGAAUCCAACAGUUCUGCUAACAAAUGUCUGCUGAAAGUAGCUGGAUAUGCUGCUCAGUUAGAGCAAUAUCCGAAGGCAAUUGAAAUGUUUGAACAGGUUGGAACAAGUACUAUGGAUAACCCAUUGCUCAAGCACAGUGCAAAGGAUUAUUUUUUUAAGGCUGCCCUGUGCCAUUUUAUAGUUGAUGAACUGAAUGCUAAGCUUGCUCUUGAGAAAUAUGAAGAAAUGUUCCCAGCGUUCACAGAUUCAAGGGAGUGUAAACUAUUGAAAAAAUUACUGGAGGCUCACGAGGAGCAAAACUGUGAAGCUUACACCGAGGCAGUUAAAGAGUUUGAUUCAAUAUCCCGCUUGGACCAGUGGCUUACGACUAUGUUGCUCCGCAUCAAAAAGUCCAUUCAAGGAGACAAUGACGGGGACCUGAAGUGAACUGUUGGUGCAAUUUGUGGCAUGGUGACUUGUCUGUUGCAGUCCAUUGUGCUGUGGCCAAGGACCGUUAUGGGAUACUUGAUCAAUGCUUCUAGCUUGACUGACUGGUGUCUUGUUUAGUGUCCUGUUGUGUAAUUGUGGACAUGAAUUUGUAUAUUUUAAAAACCUUAUUGUUUGUUUUUAUUUCUAAACGCAAGGCAUAUGGCCUGACCUUAUGCACAUUUCCCCGGACGUAAGCCCCAUUGAGUUCAGUGGGGCUUUCUCCCGCAUAACUGUGCAUAGGAUUACAGUCUGUGCAAAUUGACUCUAAGUCCUGUUGUGUGCAAUUGCGCUCACUCGCCAGUAAGUGUGCUUAGAAUUGCCUUAGUCAUAGAAAUCCCGUCAGUUGAUGUGAAAUGUCAACUCCUUUGAAAUUAUGCACUCAUAAUGUGAGACUCCCCGCCUCCCACUCUGGGUGUGGUGAUUUUGAAUAAAUGUUGGUCACCUAAAAUGUGUUUGGGUUCUUCGAAGAUGUUUAUAAUGUUCAUAUAUGCAUAGAAGAGCACAACUUGCACCA